AUGGCGACAGCACCACCAUCAAACACAAAUGCAAAUCUCCUCACAACACAUCGCGCCCUCCUGGCCACACUGACCUCCUAUCUCACAGUUGCAAUACAUCACAUCCUAUAUCUGCGGCGGAUAUACCCACCCGCCUCCUUCCUCUCGACUCGUGCAUACAACUACCCCGUCCGCCAAAAUCGCCACCCAGCGGUAUGCACCUGGAUCAAUGACGCUGUUUCCGCCAUCUCGGACCAACUCGCCAAAAACACCGUCUCUAUCGUCUCGUUAUGUAUACACGAACUCGACACCAAUCAAGUGCUCGAGAAAUGGAGUUUAGACAUGCACUCCCUGCCUACAGUUGCGAAGCGGGAUCGAGACGUCCCAUUCGCCGCGACGACCGAGGUUACCACCUCCAACGAUGCAGAGUCUGAUGACGAUCAGGUCGACGAUGCCCUCGCACACACUAUAAACCUCACAGACCUGGAAGCCACCUUCCGCGCGACCUUCGCCCGCCUUAGUAGUACUUCCGCCCGCCUCACGCCGCUUCCCUCCGGCUCAAACGCGCCAGAGCUGACAUUCACUAUGACGAUUGAGCUGCGGUCCAAUGCUGACCGGCCCGUUGGACGGCUCGACGCGAACGAACGGCGUUGGAUCGUGGCAGAGCCUGAUCCGCCACUUCCUGUUGCCGGCGGGCAACCAACCUCGCAGACAGACCAGCAGGACAGUAAUACGACUCCAGCGGCACGGUCAAAACCCGGAAGAACACACCCAAUUCGACGCCUCACAACUACAGAGCCGUCGCCUUUACACAUCGAGCUGUGGGUCGAAGAGUCCGCUUUCAAGCUCUCGUCACAGAACGCUUCGCAGAACCCGACAGUGUCAUUCACAUCUACAAACACAUACCGAAACCCGGCGAUCCGAGCGAAGGAGGCGAGCUUCGGGGCAGGCAAGGAGAAGUUCUUUGAUCCAUUGAACGGGUAUGGCGAUGAUGACAUUGAAGGCAAUGAUUUGAAUCGGAAGCCUGGCGGCGGCGCCAUGACUGACUAUCAACGAAUGUAA